UUUAAAUGGCAACAAUGCAUUCCGUCGAAAGACGCCAUUCUCCAAUCGAAACAUUGUGGAAAAAUUGUGUUAUCGUCGUUACAUGAUGUAAUUGUUUUUGUAAAUAUUUGUGAAACCGGCAUAUAUGACGGGCAAAAAAUAUAAUUUGUGAUAUUGUGACUGUUCAAAAACUUUGGAAUACUGAAUAAUAGCUAUUGUCUUUCAAAAGAAGUACUAGCACUUCAUCAGUUGUUUUCGAUGAAUGAAUGACAGUUUAAAGUACAUAAUAAGCUUAACUGCAUAAUUAGUGUAGCAAAAUACGACAAAAUUCUAUGUAGACUUAAUAUACCAAUUGAUGUGUCUAUGUCGAUUAUUAUUCUGGUGUAUUAAAUGUCUUAAAUACAACGUGAUAAAUGAAUAACAACAGCAUGUACGCUAAGGGUAAAGGAUCAACAGUUCCGUCGGAUGCUCAAGCGAGAGAAAAAUUGGCUCUUUAUGUUUAUGAAUAUCUGUUGCAUGUUGGAGCUCAAAAAGCAGCACAAACGUUUCUGUCAGAGAUAAGAUGGGAGAAAAAUAUAACUCUGGGUGAGCCUCCAGGCUUUUUGCACUCGUGGUGGUGUGUUUUUUGGGAUCUCUAUUGUGCUGCACCUGAAAGAAGAGAAACGUGUGAACAUUCUAGUGAAGCUAAAGCUUUUCAUGACUAUGGCUUUGUAAAUUCAGGUUAUGCUGUAAAUGGAAUUGCACAUAACCCAACAGCCCCCAGCCCUUUGGGGCAAAUGCCACCAAAUGAUGGAAUGCCUGGAGGCCCAAUGCCACCUGGUUUUUUCCCUAACUCUCAUAUGCGGCCCUCACCGCCUCAACAACCUGCUUCUCAACCGUCCCCUCAUCCUCAGCCUCCACCACAUUCUCAGAUGAUGCAGAAUCAGGGGGUGCGAAUGCUGUCUUGUAAGAACUGUGCCUGCGGAGAUCCUGGUUGUGUGAGCAGCUCUGCAGUAGGAUGUAACUCAGUGAAGAGCUUUAUGGGUGGUCCUAGGUAUCCUGGUGGACCUAGAGGACCAGGAGUAAGAAUGCCCCAACAAGUAGAAUUUAAUGCACCAGGAAGUGUUCCUGGACAACCUAUGAUGCCUAGUGGUAUGGAUCCCUCCAGGCAAGGUGAAAGUGGGGAGUUCGUAUCAUGGCAAGGUCCAUCUGGAAUGAAUCCUAUGAACCCACGUAUGAAUCCUCCUAGGGGUCAACCAAUGGGCCCUAUGAAUCCUGGUAAUUAUGGCGGUAUGAGGCCUCCUAGUGGUGCCAUGGGUCCCACUGGACCACAGAUGUCACCUAUGUCCAUGCCUGGUCCUGGAGGUAGACCUUGGAAUCCAAAUACAUCUUCUAUGAACUAUUCUUCAUCCUCACCUGGAAGUCACUAUGGGGGUCCACCAGUAUCAAGUUCAGGUGGGCAAGGUCCUGGAACUCCCAUCAUGCCAAGCCCACAAGAUUCCUCAGGAUCGGGUCCAGAUGGAAUGUAUACUAUGAUGAAACCAGUACCAGGAGGUAACAUGCCUGGGUUCCCAAUGGGACCAGGACCUGAUGGCCCUAUGGGACCCAUGGGUCCUGAUAUGGGACCGCCAGUACUUAAUGGAAUAUCAUCGGGUGAUGGAAUGGAAGGAAUGAAAAAUUCUCCUGCCACCGGGCCAGGUACACCACGUGAAGAUGGACCUCAAAUGGGCGAUUAUGGCAUUCCAAGUUAUGGACAAGACAAUUAUCAGCUUGACCCAAGUCGUAGCACCUAAUAAGAGAAUCUGCAGGAGAAAAAGGAAUCGGAAAAAAAUUUAGAGCUUAUAUACACCAACUCACAUCUCACGUUCAGGCAAUAAUCUACUUUGUAAGAUGCAUUGCACCGUUGUUAUUGCAUCGUGUUCUGUGACCUACUGCAAACUCUUGUACACGGCCUGCAUUCUACAAAUUUUUUUUUUCUAGUUUUGGGUGCUCAAGAAAUAUAUGAAUGUGCUAUCCUCAAGAGUGGUGCCAGAACGCUCAACUCUCGUCAAAAUGUUAAUCAUUCCACUUUUACCCGUUGAAAGUCCGGUGCGGAUUAUUUUGUGUUGCCGAUCCAUUUUGUCCGACUCAGUUUUGAGAUGGUUAGGAAAGGGAAUGAUUAAUUAAUUUUCUUUUUAAACAAAAUGAAGCAAAGGCUUUAAAAAAUCAUAUUUAUAAACAAACAA